AUGUCAUUCUAUGCUUCCAAUAACUCCUCGGACGAUCUGAAUUUGUCCUUGAAGAAUCUAACAAUAAAUACCAACUUGAGUAAGACAAAUACAAAUAAUAAUACGAAUAGUAAUAUCAAUAGCAACAACAGCAUUAGCAAUAGCAAUACUAAUACUAAAACGAACAAUACUAUCACCACUAAUGCAACUGCUAACUCAAGCUCUAAUCCAAACUCUUCUUCUAAUUUGGCACCCUACACAAUAUUGAAGAUUAAAAACAUCCCAAACGAUAUAACCCUGAGAGAAGCCUUUUUGAUUUUCUCCUUAUGCUUAAAUGACGUGAACUUUGUUGAUAUAGUUCAAGAACAGAAUAACCAAGGCUCAGGAACUUGUCCCUCGAUCAUUUCCAAAUUCUAUUCCUCUAAAAUAGCAAGCCAGGUUUUCCAAUUGUUGAAUGAUAAACAACUUUUUGGUACUGCAUUCCCCAGGGUACAGUGUGAACUAAUAAAUGGCCCUAAUAAUAACACUGGUGGUAAUAUCACGGUCACUAGUCAGAAUAAGAAUCAUAACUCAUCGAAUUACUUAUUUAUGAACCCAUUCAAUGAUGAUCUUCAUGCUUAUUCCAACAGUAUUGUAACUUCAAAUUUGAACUCAAAAAUAGAACAUUCUCCUGGAAUUUCCUCUCCAAAACCAAACAAAUUGGAAGACUUGAAACUAAAUUUAACACAUGAUAUCAAUGAUACUUUAAGUUCAAUCAAUAAUCACCAUUUAUCAAUGAUGAGCAGCUCUAAUAAUCACAUUACUGGUUGGCCAAAGGAAGAAUCCACUCCAUUGGCCACGCCAAGUAAUACCUCCCAGAUUAUUAGAAACGAUCCAUUGUUGCUAAAUAAUCCAAUCUCAAUGAAUUUAACGACUCCGAUAUUAUCAGAUUGGCCUUCAAAUCCUCCAAAUUCUGCAUCAAAUGCGUCUUUUUUCAGCAUUAAUGAUCUCACGCAAACCGUUGUAGGUAACUCUUACUCUUCAGCCGCUACCACUACUACAACCUCGAACAACAACAACAACAUUAACAACAACAACAACAACAUUAACAACAACAACAACAAUAAUAAUAACAAUAACAGCAAUAACAGCAACAACAACAAUAAUAAUAAUAAUCAUAAUCAUAACAGCUGCAAUAGCAAACCAAGUUCUAAUGAAAAUAUCUCGACUGCUUCACAUUCAAAUCAGCCGCCUUUGAUGAGAUCACAAUCUCAUCAGUCCUCGACCUCCCCUAAACAUUCAACUGUUAUACCUGAUUUAUCAUUAUUGGCUAGGGUGCCUCCCCCAGCGAAUCCGGCAGACCAGAAUCCUCCUUGCAACACCCUAUACGUAGGAAACUUACCCCCGGAUACAACUGAAAAUGAAUUGCGUAUGUUGUUCAGGUUGCAGCCAGGGUUCAAAAGGUUAUCAUUUAGAACCAAACAAAAUAAUGGUGCUUCAUCCCAUCAUGGGCCAAUGUGUUUUGUUGAGUUUGAAGAUGUGGCAUACGCUACAAAGGCCUUGGCUGAAUUGUACGGUAAGACUUUACCAAGACAAAAUGCUCUGAACAACAAUAAAGGUGGCAUUAGAUUGAGUUUCAGUAAAAACCCCUUGGGUGUUAGAGGACCAGGUCAACAGAGAAGAAAUAAUGGACCUUCCCAACAAUCACAACCACCAGCGCAACAAUCGCAAGGCCAACAACAACAAGGACAAGCACAGGGACAAGAACAAGGUCAAGGUCAAUUCCAGUCACAAUCUCAGCCGCAGCCUUUAUCUCAACUAACAUCUCAGUCACAUUCCCAAUCCAAACGUCACCAUCUACAACAGCCACAGCAUCUUCAACAGCCACCGCCGCAACAGACAUCUACACCGUCUGAUCAUUCAUUCCAAAGGAUGACCGACUUACCUAUCAGUGGUAGCCAUAACGUCCCUUCUGUCAAUCUACAAAGUAUAGCAUUCAACAACCCAGCAAUGAAUAGUGUGGGCCUGAAUAAUUUGAAUGGCUAUUCCUUCAUGAAUAACCAGUACCCGUUCUAA